AUCAUCGAUGGUUAGUGAUUCGCGAUGAUUUAUAUAGUUCGAUUAUUUUAUAAUUGUCGAUUUUUAUAAUUUAAUAAAUUUUAGUAAAAUCCAGUUGAUCUGGGUUAAAAUGUGUUGGUUCAAGAAUUUUAUAGUUUUUAUUAUUUUUAUUUUAUUAGGAAUAUCAAAAUCUCAAAUAAAGGAUGGUAAUUAUCAUGAAUGUCUACGAUCGUGUCUUGAUAAUGCACUUUCAAAAAAAUUAUGCCGUUAUGAAUUCUACGUUGGAGAAUUGCCUAAUACGAUAAGCAUUCAUAAUGGUUCUGAAAGUAAAAAUGAAUCAAUGAUUGACAAUAAAAUAAUAUUAUCGAAAAUGUUCUUAGGAAUUAAUGGAAGAAGUCCAGGACCUCAAAUAGAGGUAUGUGUCGGAGACACAAUAGAAAUUCUUUUAUAUAAUAGAUUAGGAUCUGAAGAAUUAUCUUUCCAUUGGCAUGGAUUACGACAAAAAAAUUUUGCUCAUAUGGAUGGUGUUCCAAUGGUUACACAAUGUUCCAUAUUACCAUUUGGAGGUUUUCGAUAUAAAUUAAAACCGGAAAAUGUUGGUACAUACAUUUAUUAUGCCCAUAUAGUUUCACAGCAGGGCGACGGUAUAUACGGGUCGUUGACAGUUCGAGGACCACAAGAUGACCCUAGCUUGGAAAGGAUACUUCUCUUGUCAUCAAGGCCGCCAACUCCACUGUCGCGAUACUCGCAUCUACAUCCACCUACGCCCAGUGAACUUCUCUUAAAUGGCCAGAAUAACGGAUUUAUCUUUGAAGUCCACUAUGGAAGAAAAUAUUUAUUCCGACUUAUUAACGCGCAUGCAUACAAUUGUCCUGUACUAUUAUCCAUUUCUGACCACGAUUUUCACGUGUUGGCUAUUGAUGGCAACCCGGUUAAAUCAACGAUUGGUAGACACAUCGUUUCCUUUCCAGGUGAGAGAUUUGACGUAAUUAUCGAAACAAAUCAACCUCCUGGAAAGUAUCUUGUCAGUAUAAAGGGAUUUUUGGAUUGUCAAGAUCUUCGUCAAGAAGCUUUUAUUCUUUAUGAUAACGUAAAUCCGGAAUCUGUUGUGAUAAAGGACGAGCAACUAUUAAAAAUCAACAACUAUACAAUUGCGAACAUGGGUCACGAUUGUCACGAGAUAUCAAGAAAUUUUAUUUGUUCAUUGGAUUUAAAAGGAUUGAACAAGGUCGACGAAAUUAAUUCGAGCGAAAUUAUUUAUAUUCCAUUCGAUGUGAAUUCUUUCUCUUAUAUCACGGAUGCAAUGUCCGAUUAUAGAUAUAAUUUUUACGGAUGUCCUUUUUAUCCAUCAGAUUUAAGUACGAAUGAAGAAGAGGCAAAGGUCGCUCAAAUUAAUCAUAUGUCAUUUAAGUAUCCUACAUCCCCGCUAUUAUCUCAGCCGGAAAAUACAGCAGAGGAGUCAAUUUGCUCUCUUGAAAAACGUUCAAAAGAGUGCGCUAACACGCCAUUGUUUUGUGAAUGUAUUCGCAUAAUCGAAGUCUCGCCUAAUAAAAAUGUCGAUAUCAUUUUAAUUGAUCAGGGUUUCGGUGGAAAUGUUUCUUAUACGUUCCAUAUACAUGGUUAUAACGCAAGUAUCUUAGGAAGAAAAAGCUUUGGAAGAGCGAUUACGAAAGAGGAAGUAAUGCUUUUGGAUCGUAAGAAACAGUUACAUCGUAAUUUUUUAAAUCCGCCUCGAAAAGAUAGUUUUGUCGUUCCAAAUAAAGGUUACCUUAUUCUCCGCCUUUUUACUGAUAAUUUAGGAUAUUGGUUGUGGGAAGCACGAAGCACAGCAUUGACUCAGGGAAUAUCUGGACCUGUUAUGCAAUUUUUAUUAAAGGUAGGAAGUCGCGAAAGCUUUUUACCUGUUCCUCUAGACUUUCCCACCUGUGGAAGCAAUAAACAUCCGGAUAUGGUAUUCGAAACAAAUUAAUUUAUCGCAUAAAUUGUAAUUUAUUUUCAUAUAUUUAUUUCAUAUAUUAUUUAUUUAAAGCUAAUUAGUUACACUUGAUUUGAUCGUUAAGUAACAUAUAUUAUUUAAUCGUUUGAUAAAAUAAUUAUUUAACGGAUCAAACAAAUAAAUUUAAAAUUAUCCAACAAAUAAAUCUUUUGUGAAAU